ACCAUUAUUUGUUGGUUUUUUGUUGCUGGUUUUUGAGUUUUUAUGUUUUAUUUUUCUAGAACAUUAUUGAAAUCGUAAAUAACAGUUAAAGAGUGUUUUGCAUAGAAUUUCAAGAGACGCAGGAUACAGAUCCAGGUGACACACAUCGAAAGUCUGAAAAGGCAUGAGCAGAGGAAGCAAGACCAACGAUAUCCAAAUCAAAAAGCGUAGGGGAGGCAGUGGACAAAGAAUGUAGCCAACUAGGAACUUUCUCGAAAAUUUUCGUAGCACCGACAAUUAAAUCAGAUAAGCCCAAAAUAAACCCGAGGAGCUGGAGGGAGGAACAGGAGUAAUGGCAGCCGGCAGGGAACUCUACUGCUGGGGAAACACCUCCCAUGGACAAUUGGGACUUGGCGGGAUUGAAGACGAGCAGAUACUCACGCCUAGCCAGAUUCCAUGGACACCGGACUCUGCCGUAGUGCAGGUGGCCUGUGGACAUCGGCACACUCUUUUCCUUACCGCCAACGGAAAAGUUUUCGCAUGCGGCAGCAACGAUCACUCACAACUGGGACAUGAACUGCCCACCAAAAGGCCACGUAUGUCGCCAUUUCUGCUUAUCCCCGAACUUCAGGACUAUGUGGUCAUCCAGAUUGCCUGCGGAAGCCGCCACUCGAUGGCUCUCUCCGAAUGGGGUCAGGUUUUAAGCUGGGGCGAUAACGACUGCGGCCAGUUAGGCCACGCCACCGACCAGGAGAUCGUCCAGCUGCCUAAGGUUGUGCGCCAGUUGGUCUCUAAGACGGUUGUGCAGAUUGCCUGUGGUAAUAACCACAGUUUAGCGCUGACCAGUUGUGGCGAGCUGUAUUCAUGGGGCUCAAACAUCUACGGCCAGUUGGGCGUCAGCUCCCCCAAGGAGCUUACGCACUGCAACCAUCCCCUUCUCCUGACCACACUGCUCGGAAUUCCCCUGGCCGCCAUUGCUUGUGGGGGCAAUCACUCGUUCCUAAUUUCUAAAUCGAGUGCAGUGUUUGGCUGGGGCAGGAACAACUGUGGGCAGCUGGGUCUGAAUGACGAGACAAAUCGACCGUAUCCCACCCAGCUGAAGACGCUGCGCACACUUGGUGUUCGAUACGUGGCGUGCGGCGAUGAGUUCUCUGUUUUUUUGACCAACGAGGGAGGCGUGUUCACCUGUGGAGCUGGCGCUUAUGGACAAUUGGGGCAUGGAUUCAGUUCAAAUGAGAUGCUGCCGAGAAUGGUGAUGGAGCUAAUGGGCAGCACAAUUACUCAAGUAGCUUGCGGUAAUCGACACACUCUGGCUUUGGUUCCCUCACGUGGUAGAGUUUACGCCUUCGGUUUGGGCAGUUCCGGACAGCUGGGCACAAGGAGUACCAAAAGCCUUAUGCUACCGCAGGUGGUGAUUGGUCCAUGGGUGUCGCCAAGUGGCUCAACUUUGCUGCAGUCCAACGACGCGAAGGUUUCAAUGGUGAUCCAACAGAUUUUCUCUGGCGGGGAUCAGUCAAUUGUGACUACAACCUUAUUUAUGGAUAAGGUGCCUCCCGGAGAUUUUAGGAAUUACAAACCCAAAUCCCAGAUCCUGGCCUUAACAGCAGAGAUCACCAAGCAAUGUGCGCAUUUUAAGCAGAGUAAUCAAAGCGACAUGGACCUCUUAAGUUCUAUAGAGCUCAUUUUCAAGAGUCAGGCCUGUUUAAAUGGCUCUUUCCUGUUGGAUCACGACAGACACUUUGGCUGCUCUGUGCGAAACUAUGGAUUGGAUCUCAAAGAAGCUCAACUGGCAUUUGACAAUUUGCGUAUUGUGGAAAACGAAAGUAUUAAGCAGGUGAUCUGGGACAAUGUGACCAAAGAACUUAUUGGUUCGCUGGUAUGUUCACCAGCGGACGUCGAAAGCAUGCGCUUAUACCUACUGCUACCCCUUUAUCAUGAGUUUGUGAACUCCAAGCACUACAAGUCACUUCAAGUUCCGUUCGCCAAUGCCAUAUUUAAGCUGACUGAGAAUCCGCGAAAGGUGCUGAUUAAGUGGCUAGCUCUAACGCCAACGGAUUACUUUGAACAUCUUGUCCAAAACUUUUUGCACGUGGUAGUGCACAUUAUUAGCUUUAAAAUGGGCUUGGCAGUGGUCAAUCCCACUGCCGAAAGGCGUCAAAGACUGCUGCCAUAUAACACAGAGCUAGAGGUGAUCCUGAAGUUGAUGCAGACACUAUGUUACAUUAACAACCAGCGCAUAGACCGCCUCAGCUACCAAACCUUCUAUUGGCCAGACCUUGCCGACUAUGCUGAUGUGCAGCAGGAGUAUGUCAAGUGGAUCAUGGCCGACACUGCCAGCGAAUUCAAUAUUUGCAACUUUUCAUUCCUCUUCGAUCCGUCUGCCAAAACGGCGCUGCUUCAAGCCGAUCAGGCACUGCAGAUGCACUCUGCCAUGGCCCAUGCGGCCACGAAUGCAUUUUACAAUCUCCUGAACUACGGCAUGCCCGUCUCCCAAUUUAUUGUGCUGAACGUGACGCGGGAGAAUCUAGUGCAGGAUUCCCUUCGAGAGCUUCAGCACUACUCCCAAAGCGAUCUUAAGAAGCCGCUCAAGAUCAAAUUCCACGGUGAGGAGGCGGAGGACGCGGGCGGCGUGCGCAAGGAGUUCUUUAUGCUGCUGCUGAAGGAUCUUCUCGACCCAAAAUAUGGCAUGUUCAAGGAGUUCGAAGAGUCGCGCUUGCUUUGGUUUGCAGAUCUUACAUUUGAAACCGAGAACAUGUACUUCCUAAUCGGCGUGCUUUGUGGUCUGGCUAUCUACAACUUUACAAUCAUUAACCUGCCAUUUCCGUUGGCUCUCUACAAGAAAUUGUUAAACAAGCCAGUGGAUCUUAGCGAUCUUCGUCAGCUUUCGCCGCCUGAGGCCAACUCCAUGCAGUCGUUGCUUGACUACCAGGGCGAGGACUUUAAAGAAGUCUUUGAUUUGACAUUUGAGAUAUCUCGCGACGUGUUUGGAGAGGCGGAAACCAAGCUCCUCAAGCCCAAUGGCAACGAAAUAGCCGUGACGCAGGAAAACAAACAGGAGUUUGUGGAUCUGUAUGUGGACUUUGUAUUUAACAAAUCUGUCGAGCUGCAUUACAAUGCCUUUCAUAAGGGCUUUAUGAAGGUCUGCUCUGGGCGGGUGAUCAAAAUUUUCCAGCCCGAGGAGCUUAUGGCUGUGGUGGUAGGAAACGAGGACUACGACUGGCAGGCACUGCAGGACCACUGCGAGUACCGCGAUGGCUACAGCUCGGGCGAUGAUACAAUCAAAUGGUUUUGGGAGGUGAUUCACGAUCUAUCCGAGGCGGAGAAGAAGAGUUUCCUGCUCUAUUUGACUGGCAGCGAUCGUAUACCCAUCCAGGGCAUGAAGGCCCUUAAACUCACCAUUCAGCCUACUCCGGACGAACGCUUCCUACCCGUGGCUCACACCUGCUUCAAUCUGCUGGACCUGCCGCGUUACAAGACCAAGGAGCGCCUAAAGUACAAGCUUCUGCAAGCCAUCCAGCAAACUCAGGGUUUUAGUUUGGUCUGAUCGACCUCGUAUACAUUGACUUUCAGAUACAGGUUUUUUUCAAAUGUUUCCCGCGUUUUUGGAUUGGAGAAUGACAAACUCGGAACACACAUUUAUCAACGAUCAAAUCAAAUAGUAAAAUGUUGUGUUAUGGCUUUAAACUCUAGACUAGUUAUCAAUAUCACAUUGUUAUGGAAGGAAAGAAAGAAAGAGUAAUAAAAUUGGUAAUCAAGUGUUAAGGCGAUAUAACAAAAA